UCGUUCGUGAUGGGAGGGCCCAUCAUGGUGGGCAGGACAGAGGAGCAUGACAAAGUGGUCAAGAUCAUUGAUAAAGUGGCCAAACGGCACGUUAUUGCUCAAAUGCAAGAUGUGUCUAGCAUUUCAUCUGGAGUUAGCUUAUCUGAAGGCCGCUUGGAAAGCUUUAACGCGGCUUCGGCGAUCGUCACAGACCUAUCGAGUGAGGGAGACAACACGAGCUCUGGCGAAGCAAGAUCCAUCCCGCUAACAGCAAACGCACUCUCUGGAGAACUCAGAAGAUACAAGAGCAAUUCGAGCCAAAUACGCUCUGUCACCAAUUCAUUACACAAUUCUCUGGAAAGCCAAGAAUCGUCUAAGUGCCCAGGACUUCUUGCGCGCAGGCUCUUCAACAAAAUCAAUUAUAUAAAAGCUCCCGGGGUUGGUAUUACCAAAGUGGUCCUAAACCCCUUGACUGAAGAGGAUGUCAUCCAAUAUGUUUCUGCGACGCUCUGUCUACCUAGGCAUGAUGUCAUACCAUUGGCUGCUAUCAUCCAGUCGAAGACUGCAGGCAAUCCUUUCUAUAUGAGAGAGAUGCUUGACACCUGUCAUCGAAAGCAGUGUAUAUGGUACGACUAUAAGGAUAAUGGCUGGCGCUACGAUCUUGACCGAGUAUUCAAACAAUUUGAGGCUAAAAGCUACCACGACACUCCGAACAGCGAAUUCGUCACAGGCCGACUGCAAGAAUUACCUCCGUCUUCCAGGGCUAUCCUUGGUUGGGCUUCACUUAUUGGGAAUUCUUUUUCAUUCGAAUUGAUCCAAAAGCUUCUAAGCGGCGAAUUCGAUUACGACGAGUCUGGAAACACGCCAGGGGCUACCGGGCACUGCCCGCUAUCCCAUCCGCAAGAAGACGCUGUCAUAGGCCUACAAGCGGCGAUUCAAGCAUACAUUAUCGUUUCCACUCAAGAUGAUGAUCGAUUCCGUUUUGUACACGAUCGUUACGUCCAGGCUGCAAGAUCUCUCUGCGAAGUCAAUGGACCGAAGAUGCACUUCAUAAUUGCGCAAACACUUCGUAAAUACUAUUCUGCUGACGAACGAUUGCGAGAAAUCACUGCAACCCACAUAUGCGCGUCAGUGGAUGUCAUCAACAAACGUGUAGUGCAUAGACAAUCUUUACGGAAGGUGCUCUUCGACUGUGCUCAAGCGGCCGCCGAGAGUGGUGCCAGACCAACCGCUUCCAGAUUCUACACUCAUUGUUUUGCGCUGCUGCAGAAAGAUCCAUGGGAUGAUAGCGCAGUGGAUGUCUAUUACGAGGAGACUCUCCAACUCUACACUCGAGCAGCCGAGUGCAGUCUCUAUAUGGGCCAAUAUCGAGAAGCCAAGCGACUGCUUCAACAGGUCUUCAAGAAUGCCAAGACGCCUGUCGACAAAGCUCCUGCCUGGGUUCUACAGUCCAGAGUCCUCGCUCAAGAGGGUGAUUCGCCUUCAGCCUUUCAGGCAUUGAAACAGUGCCUUGGGGCGCUAGAUAUCGACAUUGACCCCAAGCCUACCUUCGAGAAAUGUGACGCUGAAUUCGAGCGUCUUUCUCUCAAAAUACAAUCUAUGGACACGGAAGAGCUGGUCUCUAGAUCCAUGUCACCAGAUUCCAACCUUGCCGUCGUGGGUGCUGUACUUGUGGAGACAUUGACGUCUUCUUUUUGGACCGAUAAACUUACUUUCUAUCAAAUGGCUUUAGUCAUGGUCAAUACCAUACUCACUAAUGGCAGCUUCCCUCAAGCUGGUAUGGCUUUCAUGCACUUAGCUAUGAUCGCAAUUAGUCGGUUUAAUAUGAUUAAGUUCGCCUCUGAUAUGGGGCACGUCUCCAUAGCCCUCAUUGACCGAUGGCGCGACCAUUACACAAUGGGGAGAGGCGGAUCGGCGUAUUAUCUCUUCGUUGGCCAUAUCCAGAUGCCUAUUCCGGACGCAAUUCCCCAAUUAGAGGGAACACUGGAGUACGCCAUCCAGGCCGGUGACAGGAUAUCAACCAUCUUCAAUUUUGGCUUGGUCGGAAAUCUCAGAUUCUUUGCAUCCGAGCACCUUGCUGACCUUGAGGCCUUCUGCACAUACGGGUGUGAAGAAAUUCAAAACUGGCAGGAUGAUACUCGCGGAGGCACCAUGAUCAUAUCAGUGAGGCAGGUAGCGAAGGCUCUGCAGGGAAAGACAUUCACCUUAAACCCAACGGAGGUUAUGAGUGACUCGCAGCACAACUCCCUGGCAUACAAGGCCUGGCUUAGAAAAGCCUCGAAAGAUAACGACCGGCCGCUCAUAUUCUAUGAAAGCCUUGAAAUAGCACCCUUGUUCUUAUAUGGACACUAUGAGGCAGCAAUUAGGCUAGGGAAUUCCGCCCUACGAAAUAUCGACACUGUAUGGUCCGCCAGAAAUACCCGAUUUUUAAUGUUGUUCCAAGGUUUGUCCAUCGCAGGUUUGAUGUGGUACAAGCUACAAGACCCGGUCCGAUCUGUUAACCAUGAGAAUCCAACGCCUGAAACUCGACAAAUUGAAGCAGACCUCCGAAAAGAGCUUGCUGAAGUCACAAAAACGAUACUUCACUACCAGAGGAAGAUUGAAGAUUGGCAGGCUGUUAAUGAUGUUAACUACCUAGCGUGGUCACAACUGCUCGCUGCUCAGAUUGCCGAGAUGCAAGAGGAUUAUGGUGCGGCAUUAAUGCACUAUGAAGAAAGCUUGGAUCAUGCGUCAGCUCACAGCUUCGUUUUCGAGGAGGCACUGGGCAAUUACUUGCUGGCGGGAUUUUUCAUAAGAGUCGGGUCCCGACGACCUGCCAAAGCGGCACUGCGAGAGGCUAUUAUGCUUUAUCGCCAAUGCGGUGCUGUCGGAGUCGCCAAGCACAUUGAGGAUGAACAUAGCCUCCUGCUUCAAGGCCCGACAAGAAACCUAAGAACAGCAGAUAUGGCUGUCCAGACAGACUUCGCGGGCGAUUCUGCCCCUGUACAGUAUCAGACCCUUGAAGGUGAUGAUGAUGAUGUGCGUCAACAGACACGUGCAGUGAUCGAGGAGACCAAGGAUGAUAGGAUCGGUGCAUGGCAAGGCGGCUUCGCGCGCCCAGACGCUGGCUCAGGGCUUCCCGCACUCGACAUGCUUGACCUGACAUCGAUUCUCGAGAGCUCCCAGGUCAUUUCAAGUGUCCUACAAGUCGACCAGUUGCUCAAAACCAUGUGCGAGAUCAUUCUGCAGAAUUGCGGCGGUUUGGCAUCUCUGGCGGCUAUCGUUGUCGAGGAUGACGACCCAGUCGGUUGGAGUAUUGCUGCGAGCGGUGAUUCUGAAAAGGGCGCAGUGGCCCAUAUUCCCGGGCUUCCCCUGGCUGAAACGGCAUUAGUCGCGGAGAAGGUCAUCCUCUACUGCACGAGGUUCCGGGAGACAGUGUUCCUUCCGGACUUGAUCCGUGAUGAACGGUUCAGCAACGUCAGUGAAGCCUGGUCAGCACGUAAUCCGGCUGGCAAAUCUGUCAUUGCCAUACCCAUAUGUCACGGUGACAAGCCACUGUUGGGUGUCCUCUACCUCGAAGGAGAGCCCAACGCAUUCACGGAUCGAAAUCUCACCGUCCUCCAAUUGCUGGUCAAUCAGAUUGGAAUCAGUUACUCCAACGCGCUGACGAUGAAGGAGGUCGAGAGGGUAUCUGCUUUCAACAAUUCCAUGGUCGAUGUUCAGAAGAAAGCCCUUGCAAAAGCUCUCGAGGCCGAAAAGCAGGCCAAUCUUGCGAAAGCCGAAGCACUUCGUAAUGUGAAGCUGGCUGAAGAGGCUGCCAAAGCAAAGUCGAUCUUCCUGGCCAAUGUCUCGCACGAGCUUCGAACCCCCCUCAAUGGUGUCAUCGGUAACUCCGAACUGCUCAGAGAUAGCGACCUUCGAAAAGAUCAGGCGGAGAUGGCUGACUCCAUCCGCGUAUCAGCCGAUCUACUUUUGACCGUCAUCAAUGACAUUCUAGACUUUUCGAAGAUGGAAGCCGACAAGAUGAAACUGUUCAUUGUUGCCUUCAACGCUGAUGAGAUGCUUCGUGAAGUCGUCCGGUCUGUUUCUUACAGCAAUCGAGACAAGAAGAGCUCAAGGAAUGUCGAGAUUAUACAAGAUAUCAAUCUUCCUCAAUCUUUGAUCUAUGGGGACCCUGUACGACUUCAUCAAGUCUUGGGAAACCUGAUCGGAAACAGCUUAAAGUUCACAGAAAAUGGAUCAAUCACUGUGGGCGCAAGGACCGACAUGGAGACAAAGGACGCCGUGAAGUUGACGUUCUGGGUCAAGGAUACUGGAAUCGGCAUUCCACAACAGCAACUUGCCAAGUUGUUCAAGCCCUUCAGUCAGGCUGAUGCCAGCACCGCUCGAAAAUAUGGUGGAAGCGGUCUUGGCCUCAGUAUCUGCAAGUCGCUCAUCGAGUCGAUGAUGGGAGGUACAAUUCGGCUGGAGAGCGCCGAGAAUAAAGGAACCACUGCUUGGUUCUCCGUCACCUUUCCGAAGGCAAAUCCAGAAGCUACUCCGGGCGAUAGCCAAAACGGAAUAGAUCAGAGAGCCCCCAUGGCAAAAUAUAUCGAAUCUGAUGGAGAAGGCUUUGCAUCUCCUCACACGGAUUUCUCCAAUGUUCCUCGAGACCAACUGCGCAUAUGUAUUGCGGAAGAUAACCCAAUAAACCAAAAGAUCGCAAUCCAAUUCAUGGAUAAGUUGGGGUUCAAGUAUGUCGAUGCCUACGAUAAUGGAUUGGCAGCCGUGGAGGGUCUGCGAAAGAGAGCCAGGGAAGGUAAACCCUAUCACAUCAUCCUCAUGGAUGUGCAGAUGCCUGUACUGGACGGGUAUGAAGCAACCAAGCUGUUGCGACAAGAUCCGCUUGACGCUGUUCGUGGGAUAUUGGUCAUUGCGAUGACUGCUUCUGCGAUUCAAGGUGACAGAGAAAAGUGCUUGGCGUCUGGAAUGAAUGACUACUUAGCUAAGCCUGUUCGAUCUGGAGUGCUGAAGAAGAAACUCGAUCACUAUCUCCAACAGCCUCCUCUCGUGGUAUCAAACCUCCAGGAAGAAGCUAGGAAAGUAGCAAACGACGUCUUGUCAGGUUGGGACGGACAGGACAGCCCGCCCUUCUUGGAUUCUUCGGAUCCCUCGCUCUCAGAGUUGACGCAUCAUUCGCGCAGGAGGUCAUCGACUUCCGCACCGCCUGUAUUAAAUCCACUUUCAAGCCGAAGUCCCACCAUUAAAUUCAACAACUCAGCAGAACCGCGUCAAGGAAGGUCAUCUCACAAUGGAAGAAGCCUUGGCGGCGGCUCCCAAUAAAUACAUGAAGAGGAUUUUGCCAAAGAGUCUACCUGCCCUAUCUAAUAACCGUUUUCACGGGAUCACGACGGAUCGACUCGACGAAGAGAAAGGGACGAGUCGGGCAAUUUCUCGUUUCAAGAGGUGAUCGCUCAAGGUGGUCAGGCCCGGGAUCCCCACCGCAAGCAAUGAGAGGAUGAGAGAUACAAAAGCAGCCUUUUUUGCUCUUCAGGGAAGAGACAACAUCGAUUGGUAAUACUGUUGGCGAAGAGGGAAGAUAUAGAAUUGGGAAACUAGAUG